AUGAAUUACACUCCGUUAGAUCAGAAUCACAUGCAACAUCAGCAUGCUACAGUGCUAUGUUGCAGUUGUGGUGUGCCUAUGGAUGGGUCCUCAGGGCUAGUUAUGUGUUACGACUGUAUUAAGUUGAAUGUCGAUAUUACAGAAGGUAUUCCCAGAGAGGCUAAUGUUUCUUUCUGUAGAAACUGUGAGAGGUUCUUGCAACCACCAAGCCAAUGGAUUAGGGCUUCUUUGGAAUCUCGUGAACUUUUGGCGUUGUGUUUACGUCGUUUGAAAGGCUUAAACAAAGUUCGAUUAGUGGAUGCAUCAUUUAUCUGGACCGAACCUCAUUCUAGACGUAUCCGGGUCAAAUUGACCGUUCAAGGUGAAGCUAUGGCUAACACUAUUAUCCAGCAAACAUUUGAAGUGGAAUAUGUGGUGAUUGCCAUGCAAUGUCCGGACUGUGCUAGAUCUUAUACCACUAAUACAUGGAGAGCAAACGUCCAAAUUAGACAAAAAGUUCCUCAUAAGAGAACUUUCUUGUAUUUAGAACAGUUGAUUUUGAAGCACAAUGCCCAUGUUGACACCAUUUCCAUUAGUGAGGCAAAGGAUGGUUUAGAUUUCUUCUAUUCUCAAAAGAACCAUGCUGCUAAGAUGUUGGAUUUCUUAAAUGCUGUCGUACCUAUCAAAUGUAAAAAAUCCGAGGAGUUAAUCUCUCAAGAUAUCCAUACCGGUUCAUCUACUUACAAAUUCACUUUUUCCGUGGAAAUUGUUCCAAUUUGUAGAGAUGAUUUGGUUGUUUUACCUAAGAAGCUUGCCAAGUCUUUGGGUAACAUCAGUCAAUUUGUCAUCUGUUCCAAGGUUUCUAACUCUCUCCAGUUCCUGGAUCCAACCACUCUUCAAACGUGUGAUUUGACUGCUCCAAUGUACUGGCGUGAACCUUUCAGUGCAUUAGCUGAAGUGUCCCAACUAGUUGAAUUCAUCAUAUUGGACGUUGAACCUACUGGUCAAGUUAGAAACAAAUGGGUAUUGGCUGACGUUACUGUCGCUAGAUCUUCCGAUCUAGGCUCCAAUGACCAAGUCUAUUACGUUAGAACACAUCUUGGUGGUAUUAUUCAUCCUGGUGACAGUGUCAUGGGUUACUUUAUCGCUAACUCUAACUAUAACUCAGAGCUCUUCGAUGGUUUAAAUAUUGAUUACGUGCCAGACAUCGUUCUAAUCAAGAAACUAUAUCAAAGAAAGACAAAGAAGAACAGAAAAUGGAAGUUGAAGAGAAUGGCUAAGGAACACAAGGAUAUCGAAGCUUCUCAAGACUACACUUCAAGACAACAGAAACAAGAAAUGGAACGUGCUGAAAGAGAUUAUGAGAUUUUCCUACAAGAAUUGGAGGAAGAUGAGGAAAUGAGACAAACAAUCAAUCUAUAUAAGAGCAACAAACCAGCAGAGCACGAAGGCGAGAUGGAAGAAGAUGAAGAUGAAGAUGCUCCACAAAUUGAUAUUGAUGAACUAUUAGAUGAGUUGGAUGAGAUGACUUUAGAAGAUCAACAACAAGGUGAAGAAAUGCUAUAG